AUGUCAGUCGCGGACUUCUUUUGAACGCUCUCGAUGGUGUUCCAAAUAUCUGUCAUCAGUCACGACUGCACGACAAUUGGUCUAAACUUGUAGCUCACGCAGGUACAGGCUCCUGCUGCCAGCCAGUCUUUCCGGAUGUCCAAGUACAAAGUCUUUGUGAUGAGGCAUGGAGAAGGGGCCUGGACCAAAGAGAACCGCUUCUGCAGCUGGGUGGACCAGAGGCUGAGUGAGGAUGGUGUAAAGGAGGCCCUAGCGUGCGGUCACCUCCUAAGAGAGGCAGGCUACCACUUGGAUGUGGUCUUCACAUCCCUGCUUAGCCGCUCCAUCCACACAGCCUGGCUGCUACUAGAGGCCAUGGGGCAGGAGUGGGUCCCAGUGGUGAAAUCGUGGAGGCUGAAUGAGCGCCAUUAUGGUGCUCUGAUCGGGCUCAACCGUGCCGAGAUGGCCCUAAACCACGGCGAGGAGCAGGUGAAACAGUGGAGGAGGAGUUACGACCUCACGCCGCCGCCUAUCGACAAAUCACACCCUUACUUUCUGGAGAUCUACAACGACCGGCGGUAUUCUACUUGCGAUAUUUCGAAAGAGGAUCUCCCUAAGUCAGAGAGCCUGAAGGAUGUCUUAGAAAGGCUCCAGCCAUACUGGGAUGGCACCAUUGUGCCAGAGAUCAAACAGGGGAAAUCGGUGCUCAUCUCUGGGCAUGGGAAUAGCUGCAGGGCUCUGCUGAAACACUUACAAGGUAUAUCAGAUGCUGAUAUCGUCAACGUGACGCUACCCACAGGAACGCCCAUUCUGAUUGAGCUGGAUGAGAACUUCCGGCCCACCAAACCCAUGCAGCUCCUGGGAGACCAGGAAGCCAUCCAGGCAGCCAUCAGGAAGGUGGAGGAUCAGGGGAAGGUCAAACAAACACCCUGAUUGGCCUGAAUCUAGUCAGCUGGAUUCUAGUCAUUCUAGAUUCAAAAAUCUAGCCAACUGAAUUAUAUUCAUUAUACAUACUAGUGAUUUGUAGAAUCUUAUCAACUGUAUUCUAGAGUAGAUUCUAGAAUCUAUUCAACUGGCUGUAAGACUAAUAUACGAAUUUGCCCAAGCCUGGGCUAGCACUUAUUUAGUUGCCUGUUAUGCACCAUUAAUCAGAUUCACUCAAAGCUGAAUUCUUGAUUUAAUUAAAUCAAUAUUAAGUACAUGCUAUUGUAGUCAGUAAGUCUCAGUGAAUUGACUGUAUAAUUGUGGUAUGAACUUAACCCAGGCUACCCUAUUGGGUGCAACAAGGAAACAAAAUAAUAUUGUUCAUACAGAAAUAAGUGGUGUGCUGAAGGGAGUUACAUUAACAGGCAUAUUUAUCAUUAACAAGCAUAUUUGGUAAUAGGCUGACUAAGCCUGUAUUGAGGCAUUUUGCCAUUAAAGGAAUAGCAGCACGUGAAAUGAUCAAAUGUUCCUUUAAAAAACGUCACGUGCCUUCACUGCCAUUAUUCUCAAUUUCUGUAGGACUUUGCGAUGCAAUUUUGUUAGUUCUUACAAGUGAAUUAUGACUUGACAGAAUACAGAAUCUAGCAGUAGAAUAUGAACCAGCACUUAACAGGUACAAAUUAUUAUUUAUCAAGAAACUUUAAAAGCACUUCAUAACAAGUAUUACCUCAAUGAGACUGACAGUCAGGCUAUUCAUUCCAAGACCGGUCGGUGGAUUGUGUGAUCAAAGCUUCUUUUAGUACAUUAAUGCUGUAAAUGUGUUGUUGAAAAAGAUUGGUCAAACUUGAUAAGAACAUGUGCGCUCAUAUGCAACAUGCUAGUUUAAGAGAAGUUCAUAUGAAAUAACUGUAGUGCUCAUGCGGUUAAUCAUAAAAUGCCUACGUUGACAUGCUGAUUUAUGACUUGCAGUAUAUUGCGGUAUAAUUUGACACAAAAGCUUCUCUUGUUUCAAUUUUGUGACCCACCACCUGGAUUCGGUCUUAUGUAAGCAAAAUUUUAAAUUGUAUAUAUAUAUUUUUUUUUACAUUGGAUGAAAGUAGAGACUCAGAGCUAGAAAAUGGUAUUUGAUACACUGCAGUUGAGGAACAAUGGGAAAUUAAUUCUGCUUUGAAUGUUGAUAAACUUGUAACCCCAUUUUUUGAGAAAAUUGCUAUUAAUGUUUUGGUACACCUA